AUGUGUGUCGACUUGAAGCUCUCUGCACUUACAGAGGAGCAGUUCAAAUGCCUGAUCUUCGUCGCGGGCCUCAAGUCACCCAAAGAUGCUGAUAUUCGAAUGCGACUCAUUACGCAACUCAACGAAUCGUCGGACAUCACCCUGGCCAAGAUCAUCGAGGACUGCCGGAACCUUAGCAAUCUGAAAAACGACAACGUGAUGGUCGAAAAACAGUCCCCAGUGUCAGUGCAUGCAGUGAAGGAGAAGACCUACAAAAACAACAAACCCAAACGUAAACAAAUGGGUGAAAAGCCGGUUACCGAUCAUCUACGGUCGCCUUGUUGGUCCUGCGGCGGCAUGCACUACUCCAAAGAUUGCCAGUUCCGGGAUCAUCUGUGUCGAGAGUGCGGAAAUCCAAAACGCCCGGUGGCAUUCAGCGUCAAAGGUAGUGUCGAGCAAGAAAUCAACCGUCUGCACAAUCUAGGAGUCCUACAACCAGUCGACUUCUCUGACUGGGCUGUGCCGAUUGUGGCCGUCAGAAAGCCAAAUGAUAGUGUCCGAAUAUGCGCAGAUUUUUCAACCGGGCUUAACAGUGUACUAGAGGCCAACCAGUACCCUCUUCCCCUGCCGGAUGAUAUUUUCGCCAGAAUGUCCGGAUGUCGUGUUUUUCGCCACAUUGAUCUUUCAGAUGCCUACCUACAGGUAGUGGUGGAUGAGAACAGCCAGCCACUACUCAUAAUCAACACUCAUCUGGGCCUCUACAGAUUCACACGGCUAUCUCCAGGCAUCAAAUCAGCUCCCGGCGCGUCUCAACCGAUUACUGAUGCGAUGACUAGUGGACUUCAAUUCACCUCUGGUUAUAUUGAUGACGCUAUCGUUGCUGGAAGAUCAGAGGAAGAACAUAACCGGAACCUACAUCUUUUUCUUGGUCGCCUCCAAGAGUACGGGUUUACGGUGCGCAUCGUUAAAUGCCGAUUUUUCAUGUCUCAAAUCAAACACCUCGGUCACAUUCUGGAUGGUGAUGGUAUUCGCCCAGAUCCAGAAAAAGCUUCCGCUAUCGCUACCAUGCCGCCUCCUCACGAUAUUUCCACCCUCCGUUCGUACCUCGGAGCCGUAAAUUACUAUGGCAAAUACAUUCCAGAGAUGCGCAAGUUACGGUUCCCUAUGGACACAUUGUUGAAAACGGGGGUCAAGUGGGAAUGGAGUGAUGCUUGUCAGAAAUCGUUCGAUAGAUUCAACCAACUUUUACAAUCAACACUAGCCCUCACUCACUACAACCCAGCUUUAGAGAUAGUGGUAUCAGCUGAUGCGUCUUCGAUCGGAAUUGGAGCACGAAUUGCACAUCGGUUUCCGGACGGAACAAUAUAA